AUGAUUCGUGUUCAGAUGUUGGCUGAACUCGAGGAGAUCAUGCUGUACAAGCAAAACGAGAAAAACGUCGACAAGCAGAAGAGCAUGCGGAAGACUUGGAUGAAGCGGCUCAAGGGGCUUCAGCCUAACCCAGAGGUUUGGCAGCGCAUGAUCAAGGUCCGGCAGCUUGUGAUAACACCACACGAAGGCACAGAUAUGUGGAUCAAGUACACCAACCUGUGCCGAAAAAAUAACCGCAUGAAUCUCGCCAACAAGGCGCUGCAGAAACUUCUGGAUAUAGAAGGAUCAGGCGAGAGUAGGGUCGUCGAAUACGUCCGCGAAAACGCGGCGAAGAUUCCGCACCCAGUCGCAUACGCAACGUACAAAUACAUGUGGGCCGAUCAACACUUCAAGCAGGAAGCGCUGGACAGUAUGAAGGACUUCACCGGGCGACUUUCGGAAGAUCUCGCCAUGAAGACUAGAGCUGCUGCGAACCCGAUGAUGACGCAGAAUGGCGUCAACGGUAUGUCCAAUGGCCAGCACAUGUUCAACAACAUGAAUCCUUUUGCUGUGGCCAAUGGACACAACGGCUCCAAUGGUAUGAAUGGAAGUAUGCUAAGUGGAUCAACCAUAGGUGUCUCUCCCUCCGAGCUCGCCGAGUCCCAUCGUCUCCUCGCCAAGUGCUAUCUCAAACAGGGCGACUGGCAGCAAGAACUUCAGGAUGGAGAGUGGGAGCACGAGUUCGUACACGAGAUCUUGUCAGCGUACGCGGCCGCUACGCGGUACAAUCACAACUGGUACAAGGCGUGGCAUGCUUGGGCGCUGGCCAACUUUGAAGUCAUCAACUCGAUUACGGCAAAGACGGACAGGGAGGGUACAGAUGUGCCUUCGAACAUGGUGCACGACCAUGUUGUGCCGGCCAUCACCGGCUUCUUCAAGUCGAUUGCCUUGUCGUCUACUAGUUCACUUCAGGACACUCUGAGGCUGCUUACACUAUGGUUCAGCCACGGUGGACUACCAGAGGUCAAUCGUACAAUCAGCGAAGGGACAAAGUCUGUUCCCAUUGAUACAUGGCUGGAAGUCAUUCCGCAACUGUUGGCUCGAAUCAACCAGCCAAAUCCGACGGUCCGACAGUCUAUCCACCAGCUCCUCAUCGAGGUUGGCAAAGCCCAUCCCCAAGCACUAGUCUUCCCAUUGACUGUGUCAAUGAAGUCGGAUGUUACGCGACGUUCACGAUCUGCCAAGGAGCUUAUGGAAGCCAUGCGCGAGCACUCACCCAAGCUCGUCGAGCAAGCCGACCUUGUCAGCCACGAGUUGAUCCGUAUCGCGGUACUCUGGCACGAACAGUGGCAUGAGGGUCUCGAGGAAGCCAGUCGUCUGUACUUUGGCGACCACAAUAUCGACGGUAUGUUCGCCACACUCGCACCGCUCCAUGCCAUGCUCGACAAGGGCCCGGAAACAUUGCGGGAGAUUUCGUUUAUCCAAUCCUUUGGCCGUGAACUCCAGGAGGCUAGGGACUGGUGCAAUACCUUCCGGACGUCACAAGAGAUUGGCGACUUGAACCAGGCUUGGGAUCUAUACUAUCAGGUCUUCCGCAAGAUUGCGAGACAGUUGCCGUCGCUCAUGACGCUCGAGCUGCAGUACGUCUCGCCUAAGUUGAAGGAGGCGCAUGACCUUGAGCUUGCUGUUCCUGGAACGUAUCAAGUUGGCAAGCCAGUCAUUCGGAUCAUGUCUUUUGAUCCGGUGGCGACCGUCAUCCAAUCCAAACAGCGACCUAGGAAACUGGAGAUGCGUGGCAGCGACGGAAAAGCACACACGCACAUUCUCAAGGGCCAUGAAGAUAUCCGUCAGGACGAACGCGUCAUGCAACUCUUUGGCCUCUGCAACACGCUCCUCUCUAACGAUGUCGAGUCUCGCAAGCGCCAUCUCAAUAUUCAACGCUAUGCCGCCGUGCCGCUUAGUACGCAGUCCGGUCUCCUCGGCUUUCAGGAAGAUUCUCCUCAACAUUGA